AGACACGAGCUUGCUCCUGCCUUGAGGGAGGAGAACGCUGCUGUCAACUGUCACAGCGACACUCACUCGCAUGCUCUGUGCCAACUGUCAACUCCAGGAUGACCUAACCACCAGAAGUGUGGGAUCGCGCUGACAACGUAGGAGUGAUCAUAUUAACUUUUUUUUAAAUGAUGUUCCGCGUCUUAGUCGUUACUUCAAUCUGUACGAGCUCAAGAAAUCUACAUUACUACUGCUAGAAGAAAUAAGGUGGCUGCAAUGUUGUCUGCUCCACUCUGCCUGGGGACAGGCGCCGUGCUCGUGACGGCAGGAGGGGCGGCAGCCAGCUACCUCACCUACCUACAGCUGAGGCACGGGGCAUCCGCCCACGCGCUGCUCUCGACAUCCGACACACUAGCGGUGCUAGCCACCGGCGUGCUCUUCCUGGCCACCUCCCCCGACGGGGUGGACCACCCCAACUCUCACAGAGCCCUCGAGGGGUGUAGCUCCGCCAAGGUCGUCACCGUGGCGGCUCUCUUCCUCGCACCGUUCGUCAACGCCUUCGUGUCCAUCCUCGCCCAGACCUACGAGUGCUACGGGACCGCCUGCGAGGCUCGCGAGGCCGGCGGCUCCCGGCGCAGGCUCGGGACGGGGCUGCUCGCCCAGUGGGUCGUACCUGCGGUCGCAACGCUGGCGCUACUCUUCUCCAAUAUCCACGCCGGCGGCCCGGUCGCUCGCGAUGCGGAAUGUUCCGGCUCCUCCGUCGCCCUUUUGCAGACGGAGGUUCAACACAACUGCACCCGACAACAGUCCGAUCCUGUCUACGCUCUGAUGUCCAACGUGGAGCUACCGCUAAAAAACAAUGACGACUUGAUUAGACAGCACGUGGAGGAAUACAAUAACACUACAGUGAUAACAGAGCUGACAAAUUCAAUUGUAAGUAAAAUAUAUAACAUCGUGCGUGAGUCAUUAAAUUCUAGCAAACAGCAAGACGGCAGAGAACAUUACAUCCCACAGUUCUUACACAGGCACAGAAGAGGCGAGGUAAUGGAAGAAAGUCACAAUGAGUACAAAAGUGGCACCCAGGAGGACAGUGAAAACACCGAGUAUCCCACGGACAGUGAGCCAACUGAAAGCGACACACAAUAUCCAGUAGUUGCAGCAGACAAGCAAGAAGCGAACACAGCAAGCACCCAGCACACAACACGCAAACCCACAGGAAACAUCACGUACAUCCUCCUGCCGGACCACAUCGACGUCCUGGUGAGCUUUGACGAGCUGAGCACGUGCGUGACCGAGUGCUACUUGGCGGGGCAGUUCCUCAAGACACAUCUGUUCGUGGUGCUGUUCCUCUGCUACUUCCUGCCGCUGGCCGCGACCGGCAUUCUGUACUUCCUCGUCCGCAGGAGACUCGCAGAGCGGGCCGAGAGCAACACGCGACGCACCGAUCGAGAGCAGCCCUGCGCCAGCGGAGACAAGGGCGGCGGAGACGAGGGUAACGAAGUGAAGCGGGAAGACGACUGCGGCACAAGGCUCGCGACCACCGCGGACACCCUGAGGCAGUUCAUCCUGGCGAGCGUCGUGCUGUGGACGCCGUCGCUCGUGGAGACGCUCCUGAGAGUGUGGCUGUGCGUGUCCGUGCCCGGCGCCGUGUCGACGCUGCUCUUCGAGCUGGCGCAGCUUCACGGGCUGGCCCGCAGCGCGCUCAACGUCCGGCUGGCGCGCGCAGACCUCAAGGGGGGCCACACGCUGGGCCAGGGUGUCCUCGGACGCGUGACGGUCCACCCGGCCGGCGACGACGACCCUGCCUCUCCCUCUGCCUCCGGGACGGGUGUGUUCACGAGGGUCAAACGAGCUUUCACCGACAAUGCCAGCGCCAGCUAAAUAUUUACAGAAGUUUUUUUUUUUUCCUUACUUAACAACACUCAUCCGUGAGUGAUCACCCAUCACAACUAGUAUUGCUGAUAGCAAGUCAAUGAACAGUUUCACAAGCUUAUAUUAAUGCCAGAAACACGGAAUAGAAAGCAACACGGAAGAGUUAAAGCAAAACCCAUCAAAAAUGUUUUUGGUUACAGGCACACUACAACAUUAAUGACAUUCUGAACUCCUAUAUAUUAUUUACCAAAACUAUGUGAUUAUUGCUAGUAAAAAUUUUGUAAUUGUAACAACUCACUUUUAUUUUAUAAAUACAUGAUUUCCUUAAAUUGUA